AUGGGUUGCACCACCUCCGUUACUGCUCUUCUGCACUUGGAGCUGAAAGCAGCCACAGACAACACGUGGAUUUGGCCCACAGGUCACAGUUACAGAAUAGAUUUUUAUUUUGAUGAAAACCCUUACUUCGAAAAUAAAGUUCUCUCCAAAGAAUUUCAUCUGAAUGAGAGUGGUGAUCCAUCUUCAAAGUCCACUGAAAUCAAAUGGAAAUCUGGAAAGGAUUUGACGAAACGUUCAAGUCAAACACAGAAUAAAGCCAGCAGGAAGAGACAGCAUGAGGAACCAGAGAGCUUCUUCACCUGGUUUACUGACCAUUCUGAUGCAGGUGCAGAUGAGUUAGGAGAAGUCAUCGAAGAUGAUAUUUGGCCAAAUCCAUUACAGUACUACUUGGUUCCCGAUAUGGAUGACGAAGAAGGGGAAGGAGAAGAGGAUGAUGAUGAUGAUGAAGAAGAAGGAUUGGAAGAUAUUGAUGAAGAAGGAGAUGAGGAUGAAGGUGAAGAAGAUGAAGAUGAUGAUGAGGGGGAGGAAGGAGAGGAGGAUGAAGGAGAGGAUGACUAAUGGAGCACUGAUGGAUUCCAACCUUCCUUUUUUAAUUUUCUUCAGUCCCUGGGAGCAAGUUGCCGUCUUUUUUUUUCCCCUUUUUCUUUUUCUUUUCUCCUCUCGUGCUCAUUCACCCUGUUUUUUGAAGUCUCCUUUUUCUCUCCCUUUAUACCAUGGUUCUCAGCUUAUUUGGGGGGGAAAUACCUUGAGCAGAAUACAGUGGGAAAAGAAUCUUCUACCCCUUUUUGUUCCAAAUUCAUUUUUGUCCCUUCCUGUCUCAACAAAAACAAAAACUUUAUGGAAUCAACACCUCCGUGCUCUGUGGGCAAAAAGAAAAACCUUCUGCUCCCUUAGCUCUGCUGGAAGCUGGAGGGUGCUAGGCCCCUGUGUAGUAGUGCAUAGAAUUCUAGCUUUUUUCCUCCUUUCUCUGUAUAUUGGGCUCAGAGAUUAUACUGUGUUUCUAUGUGAAUAUGGACAGUUAGCAUUUACCAACAUGUACCUGUCUACUUUCUCUUGUUUAAAAAAAAAAGAAAAAAAAACUUUAAAAAAUGGGGUUAUAGAAGGUCAGCAAAGGGUGGGUUUGAGAUGUUUGGGUGGGUUAAGUGGGCAUUUUGACAACAUGGCUUCUCCUUUGGCAUGUUUAAUCAUGAUGUUUAACGGACAUCCUUGCAGUUUAAGAUGACACUUUUAAAAUAAAACUCUCUCCUAAUGAUGACUUGAGCCCUGCCACUCGAUGGGAGAAUCAGCAGAACUUGUAGGAUCUUAUUUGGAAUUGACAUUCUCUGUUGUAAUUUUGUUCCUGUUUAUUUUUAAAAAUUUUCUUUUUGUUUCACUGGAAAGGAAAGAUGAUGCUCAGUUUUAAACGUUAAAGGUGUACAAGUUGCUUUGUUACAAUAAAACUAAAU